AAAAGGUUUUCGUUUAAAAUAAUCUAAAAUUGUGCUGAAUCUAAGAGUUUAAUUGGCAAGAAAUUAACUACACACCACCGACAACAUGGCCGAUAAAAUUGUAGACAGUGAGAUGAACGGCGAAGACUUCACCAAGGAUGUAACCACCAACGACGUGAGCUCCGAAAAUGGUGAUGCGGCGGGAGCUGCCGGUUCCACCAACGGCUCAGAACACACAUCCGCUGUCUCUAACCAGCGGGAUGACGACAGGAAACUGUUUGUGGGCGGCCUCAGCUGGGAGACGACCGAGAAGGAACUGAGGGACCAUUUCGGCAAAUUUGGCGAAAUCGAGAGCAUCAACGUAAAGACAGACCCACAGACCGGACGCUCGAGGGGAUUCGCCUUCAUCGUAUUCACAAACACUGAGGCCAUCGAUAAGGUGAGCUCUGCCGGCGAGCACAUAAUUAACAGCAAGAAGGUCGACCCCAAGAAGGCCAAGGCCCGCCACGGCAAGAUCUUUGUCGGCGGCCUGACCACAGAAAUCAGCGAUGAGGAAAUCAAAACCUACUUCAGCCAGUUCGGCAACAUUGUUGAGGUUGAGAUGCCCUUCGACAAGCAAAAAUCGCAGCGCAAAGGCUUCUGCUUCAUCACCUUCGAUUCGGAGCAGGUGGUCACAGAUCUGCUGAAGACGCCCAAACAGAAGAUCUCUGGCAAGGAGGUCGACGUGAAGCGUGCCACGCCGAAGCCCGAGAACCAAAUGAUGGGAAUGCGCGGUGGUGCACGCGGUGGAAUGCGCGGUGGUCGCGGUGGCUACGGACGCGGUGGCUACAACAACCAGUGGGACGGCCAGAGCUCGUACUCUGGCUACGGCGGUUAUGGCGGCUACGGUGCUGCCGGCGGCUACGGCGACUACUAUGCCGGUGGCUAUUAUAAUGGAUAUGACUACGGUUAUGGCGGCGGCGGUGGUGGCGGAGGCGGCAGCUUCAACGGGGGCAAGCAGCGCGGCUCGGGACGCCAGCCCAGGCACCAGCCCUACUAAGCACCGGUCACUGGGCACUCACACUCUCCAGAUAACUACAAACUAUUUGAAUUUUACCUAGUUUAGUUUGUUAUGCAUUACUACAACCACAACACACCAACCCACUUCUGAGUAAACGCAUAUAUACGCACCUGUAUAUAUGGAUAUACAUUUGAAAAGGGACUGCACGGAGGCAGAUCCCUAUUCUUAUUGCAUUAGACGAACUGGCAGACUGGCAGCAGCAGCAGCUACAACCAACAAGCUACAUCCUUACACACAUGAUGUGUAGCACCAUUCCAACAACAAUUAAAUCUACAACCACAACAACACCAGCCGCAACAACACCAGCCGCAACAGGAGCGUCAUUAAUACAUCCCCACCACAAAUACGAGUACAUAAAUACAUACAUACAUAGAUAGUUAGGCCUAGAGACAUGUAAUAUUUUCUCAGCAAGUGGCUAAUUUUUCAUAGCCACACGCUCAUUAAGCCGGCAGACCAACCAACCCCCACACCCACCCAAAAGCAACAGCGAAAGCAAAAGCAAGAGCUAUCCCUCAAGCCCAAAAGCCUCCCACAAGAAACAGUCGGAACACGUUACUGGAGCCGUGGUGGCCCCCACAAGGUCUGUGCGUCGAAACAAAUUCGUUUUUCUAAUGUAGUCUCAUGUGUUAUGCGGGGUAAUUGUUUAAAGUGCAGCAGCGACACGAGACAGCUACACGAGGAAAUUGUUCAACACAUUUUGCAACAAAAUACAAUACUGUAGAGAUAAGUAUUUGUUUAACUCUAAUUACUGAUAACUGUAACAUGUAAUAUUGUAGUAACUAUAAACACGAGAAAAAGCAACACAAGAGAGCAAUGGAAGUUGACUGGUGGGCAAUGGACGAGGGUGGUAGCGUCCUGAAUGAAUUAUAAAUUAAGGAACUAUUGAACUACAUAAACUACGACAACCAACAGAUCCACCAAAACACAAAGAACGCGAUAACAAACGAUUUUCAAGCAGCAAACAUACUUCUGUUUAAUUCUGUUUCUUGGGUAUGUGCAUUAGCUUAUAGACUACUUGUAUAUCUAUAUUUAUAUACUCCUUGGUGGGGCAGAGCAGAUAAUAUUUUAUUAAAAAUCAAACUCGAGUUUAUUUGCUACCCACAAACGAAAACAUAAACAAAAACACGUGCAUAUGCACAUAUGCGUGGUACACACAGAACUGUAUAAUAGAUGCCGGAAUACUUGUUGAAAGAAUUCUCUAUAUAUGUAUACAUACUUAAACUACUAUAUUUACAAACCAGAUGAGAUCGUGUGAAAGAAACGUCCGUAAAGGUAGAAGUAGAGGGAUGCGCGGCAUUGCGAAAUCGCACAGAUGAGACGGGCCACAGACUUGGGGUAGGGUAGCAUUUUCGGAACAGAUUCAGCUUAGGCUAAGACGAAUUUGAAAAUUGUAUAAAUAUAGUUUCUACCCCCUAAAAAUAUAAACAAAAACGUUA